AUGUUCGACGCCUCCGCGCGCGUGUUCGUCCCGAUCGACGGCGAGAUAUUUCACUCCACGCGCGUGUCGUGCACCGUGCGCGGGACGGUGCGUCGCGACGCGGACGACCGCGCCGUGGACGUCGUCGCGUUCGGCGUCUCGGACGAGCGCGGAGAGACGCAUGAUGAUGGAAUACCGGUCGGUGCCGUCGUGCGCGCGAGCGAUGGGGCGGACGAUGACGAUGAGAGAGAGAAGCAGGACAUCGAUGCGAUCGGGAGAACGAUGCGCGAUCGAGGGGUGAAGGUAUGGGUGACGUUUCACGUGUCGAGCGCGCGAGCGCCUCGCGUCGCCGCAUUCGUCGCUCGAGCAAACGGGAAAGUCAGACGGGUCGAUCAAGUCAGGGUGAUCCUGUACGAGACGCCGGAUCCACCGCUGAAGGUGUACCCAAUCGAGCGAGACGAGCCGUGCGCGUUCGAUCGUGCGCUGGAGGAUCUGAAUCGAUCGGGUCGCGCGGCGCGGGAGCGGAGAGGCGAGCGACCCAUCGACGCGGUGUCGUCGAGCAGCGUGUCGCCGAGCGGCGCGGCAUCCAUGGCGCUGCUCGCGAUAGAUGGACUCUUGAGAGCUUUAGAUUACAAAUUCAUCGCGAGCUUGGGGAAGGAGACGCGUUGGGGCGGUGGAUUUAUCCGACGAAGCGUGUGCGAGGUGUUCGCGUCGGCGUGCGUCUUGCGAGAGCGUCUACGGUUGUUUCGAUCGCUGUUGAUCGAAGGCGGAGGGAGUUGGAGACGGCUGGAUAGAUUAAACACGCGUCGGCGCGUAGCGCGAGCGGUACAAAUAACCGUUGAUUUGAUCGUGGGCGCCGCCCUUGCUCGCAUGUGCAAGUUGUUUGACGUCGAGAGCACAAUUAAAAGGCUCGUCGUCGGUGGAUUGGGAGCAGAACGUGGAUCGAGAAACCUGGUCGCUUCCAGCGUCAUCGAAUCCAACGCGCAGUGGAUAUCAAGGGGAAACCCGCUGGGCGUGAAGUUACACGUACCCUUGGCGCGAUUUAUCGGUUCAGUGGUGGUGAGCUUUGUGCGCACGCUGUCAUUGUCUAUGAAUUCAGCGCAAAUGGUGACAUUCUUCACCGGGUACGUCUCGUUCUUGUUACGUCACGGCAGUGUGUUCGGAGCGUCCAUGAUGCUCGCAAUCGCAGCGGAUACAAUGACGUUGUUCACAACGCAUAUCAGCGCUUUACAUCUGUACAGCUCGCUAUUCAUCACCUUACAGAUUCGAUGCAUCGUAUUCGUGUAUCGGCGCUUCAUCAAUCCGAAGACUCCACCGAGGGGAUUCGAGGAGCCAACCGUUCGACCGAGAACGGUGGAGGAGACGGUCGUCGGAACGUUGACUCUCCCACCACUCAUGUUGCUCCUCCCCACCGUGUUCUUCUACUACGCCUCAUAUCUCGUCCUUCACGCGAGCACGGUGCUUGCACGUCUGGUGAUGGUAUUCGCGGCCUCAGUGCUCAUCACCUUCCCCAUCGACGACGUGUUGGUUCGGUUCUGGACUCCAUAUGCAUUCCCGAAAAGCGUCCGCUUACGCACCGAGCGUCUACACAACGUCGAUUUUCCAGUCAUUGAGCCAACGUCACAGAGCUUGAGCGAUGUUCUUCGUCCGUUUCACUCCGCCGCCGGCGCGUGGCUCUUCGACGUCGGCACCUCCGUAGCGCGCGCGUGCGCGACGUGUGGCCGAUUUCCAAUUACGCUCGUUCCUUGGGAGGUCCAACACGUCGCUUCGACGCAAUAG